GCCGCGGCCUUGAACAUCGUUUGACUCAAUCAUGGGGCAUCCCGAACUGUUGCUCUCUGCAGGAAAUCCUGCAAAAGAUUUGGCGGAGAAGCUCAAGAGCCUAUUUGCAUUGAUGGAAAAACGUCGGAUUGAGGCAAAAGUGGAAAUCGAUCCAAAUGAUGACUUGUCACUGCUUCGUUGGAGGCUGGGCAGUCAGAGGGAUUCUAUGAAUACGGAAAGGGAGGGCGAGGAUGAGAAUGCUCUGCUCCCAGCCGACCUCGUGAAUGCUGCUGUUGCUCACUGCCUUCGCAUAUUAGCGCAGUUCGCCAGUGGGAGCCCAGGAGGCGUAGCUGCUGCGACUGUGGGUGGCGCCGCAGCAGGAAGCGGAACUCCCAAUGGCACUGGGGAUGGAGGCACCCGUGACUCAUUAAUGGAUGCUGUCUUAUGCGAAGCGGUCUACUUGCUCCAGGAACUCUGUGCUAGUGAUCCUUCGGAGUUAGUGCCACGUGUUCUUCCAGGAUUGAACAAGUUCUUGCAACGAACGGCACCGAUUUCCUCUCCGCCUUUUAUCAGUGGUGUUGUUGCAUUGGCAAUCCUCAAGUUCUUUUUGGAUUUCGGUGAUGUCGUCUUGUUUGAUGCCGAGCCUGCAAUGCAUCUGUUCUUUCGGUCCUGCCUCAGCAGGCAAUAUGCAGAUCCUGCAGUGGCAGAUGCCCUUCGUGUAUUCAUCAUGGAGAACAAGCGCAAGCUCUCCAUGUCCCACAGCUCAAUACUCCCACAGGUCAGCAGAUGGAAAUCCGGGAUACCUUCCUAGCCCCUCUUUACUUGCUGCUCCUUGUAUUCCAUCAGCCUCCUUGCCCGACCCUUUCCUUCGGUGUUCUGCCUUUUUUGUUCAUACUUCUCUAGACAGUUCUCCUAGCUUGUGUUGCAUACUGUAAUGUGCAGACCAGAACAAGAACCGACCUUUCAAUACAAAGUAUAAGAUAGCACAAUGGAAGACUUAGGUACCAGUGAUCCGAACAAUCAAUGUUGCAAUGCAGC